CCAGAACCCAUGCCGACAUUUCAUACGAGCGCGGUCAGGAAAGUUUUCGCAUUCCCAUGAACACAUUUCCCCGUGUCAAGCGGACCGAGUUGGCGACGCGAGCAACGCUCCUCUUUUUGCUGUAGAAGCACCAUUUAGAGAUCUGAGAACAGAAGAGCGAGCCGCAGCCGCUGUCCUGCCCGCGAGAUUUACCCCGUCAGCGCUCGUGUCUUCCAGGUGUGUGAGUGUGUGUGUGUGUGUGUGCGGGAUUGAGCGAUGGCUCCAGCGGUGGGCGGUCCGGUGGGCUACACGCCCCCCGAGGGGGGGUGGGGCUGGAUGGUGGUGGUGGGGGCCUUCAUCUCCAUCGGCUUCUCCUACGCCUUCGCCAAGUCCAUCACCGUCUUCUUCAAGGAGAUCGAGGUCAUCUUCAACGCCACCAGCUCGCAGGUCUCCUGGAUCUCCUCCAUCACGCUCGCCGUCAUGUACGGCGGAGGACCAAUCAGCAGCAUCCUGGUGAAUAAGUAUGGCAGCCGGCCCGUCAUGAUGUUCGGGGGGUUCCUGUCCGGCUGCGGCCUCGUCGCCGCCUCCUUCUGCAACACCGUGGAGGGACUCUACUUCUGCGUGGGAGUCAUCGGAGGCCUGGGCCUGUCCUUCAACCUGAACCCGGCGCUGACGAUGAUCGGCAAGUACUUCUACAAGCGGCGGCCCAUCGCUAACGGCAUCGCCAUGGCGGGCAGCCCGGUGUUCCUGUCCACGCUGUCGCUGCUCAACACCUGGCUCUACGACCACUUCGGCUGGCGCGGCAGCUUCCUCAUCCUGGGGGGCCUGCUGAUGAACUGCUGCGUCGCCGGAGCACUCAUGAGGCCCAUCGGACCCAAGGCACCGCCGCCCGCAGCAGAGGAGCCCAAGGUGGAGAUGGAGUCGGCGGCGAAGCCGGCCCAGAAGCGCUCUGUGAUGCAGGUGAUCAACAGCUUCAUCGACCUGACGCUGUUCAAGCACCGCGGCUUCCUGCUCUACCUCAUGGGCAACGUCGUCAUGUUCUUCGGCCUCUUCUCGCCCCUCAUCUUCCUCAGCAACUACGCCAAGGACGAGGGCAUCUCCAAGGAGAAGGCGGCGUUCCUGUUGUCCAUCCUGGCGUUCACGGACAUGAUCGCGCGUCCCUCCAUGGGCCUGCUGGCCAACACGCGCUGGGUGCGCCCGCGGAUCCAGUACUUCUUCGCGGCGUCGGUGCUCUACAACGGCGUGUGCCACCUGCUGGCGCCGCUCUCGGUGGACUACCUGGGCUUCGCCCUCUACGCCAUCUUCUUCGGCAUCGCCUUCGGCUGGCUCAGCUCCGUGCUCUUCGAGACGCUCAUGGACCUGGUGGGGGCGCAGCGCUUCUCCAGCGCCGUCGGCCUCGUCACCAUCGUGGAGUGUGGACCCGUGCUGCUGGGACCGCCCAUGCUGGGUAAGCUGAAGGACAUCUACCAUAACUACCGCUACACGUACAUGGCGUGCGGGGUGAUCCUGGUGGUGGCGAGUGUGUUCCUGUUCGUGGGCAUGGGCAUCAACUACAAGCUGCUGGAGCGGGAGCGGCGGGCCGAGGAGCGCAAUGCCGACGCCCUCCAGCAGGAGGCAGACGGUCACAAAGGGGAGGGGCCUAGCGCCGUCACGCCUCUCACUGCCCCCGAGGACGAGCAGCUGAAGGAGGACUCCGUCUAGGUCCCGUGACGCACACACACACACGCGCCUGUGUGACAACGCGACACCGGUGAACUUUGACCUCUCAUCUCUGAACUCCCGGGCCCACGCAGGUGUGUGUGUGUGUGCCACUGUCCACACGAGUACUGGAAGAGUUCUAAUGGACGACAAUAGCGAACAAACAAACAAACAAACAAACAAACAAACAAACAAACAAACGAAAUACGGACAAAACAAAUGUGAUUUUACUGUAGUAGUGGCAACACACACACACACACACACACACACACACACACACACACACACACACACACACACACUCACACUGACAAACAGAGAAAAUUGUGUGACUAACAAAUUCUACACUCCAGGACAUGCUAGUGAACAAACAUUGACAAAGAAGAAAGAUGAGAUUAGUGAGGUGGACAAGCAUUUUACACACACACACACACACACACACACACACACACAACAUGUUUUGGGAAAGUUUAGUCAUGACUGGAACGUUUCUCCCUGUAAAUACCAAGUUCACUCACCAGCUUCACAGCAAAACUUGCCAGACAGACCAGGCAGUAGGAUUCUGUUGGUUUGGACCACCGGACAGUCUGCCUGUGUGUGUGUGUGUGUGUGUGUGUGUGUGUGUGUUUGUGUGUGUGUGUGUGUGUGUGUGUGUGUGUGUGUAAACUCUAGUGCUUAUAGAGGAAUGAUAUCAGUUGUGGAUUUGCGAUUCACACCCCAACGGAGCGCUCCAGACUGCCCCUGAGCUGGAGAUUGGAUUCUGCACCUCCUCACCACGGGCUCUGCUCAGCACAGCGAUGGUCUCAAGUCUGCCAGCAGGGGGCAGUGAUGAGCUGAUGUGCAGAGGGGCUACAGUAGUAGUGACCCUACCACAGCAGCAGGGGGCACCAGAGAGUCCCCACAACUAGCUCUCCCACAUAUAGCAUGUAGUAUGUAGUCAUUUGGUCCACACACACACACACACACACACUGGUCCCACAUUUAACUGCUUUUCUGUCUCAGUGUAAACAGACACUGCGGUCUGGCACUGUUGAUGAUGAGGAUGAAGAUAACACUCCGCCGUUAACCCUUUCUCGCUCCGAUGUGGGAGCCACAGACCUUCCGUCUUUAGGGACGUCAGUGAACUAGAACACCAUAGAUAGUUCUGGAGAGUCAUAACUGUUCUCCACACUCUUGUAAGUUCUGGAGAGUCAUAGCUGUUCUCUACACUCUUGUGAGUUCUGGAGACUCUUAGCUGGUCUCUACACACACUCUGAGUUCUAGAGAGUCAUAACUGUUCUCUACACUCUUGUGAGUUCUGGAGAGUCAUAACUGGUCUCUCCACACACACUCUUGUGAGUCCUGGAGAGUCAUAGCUGUUCUCUACACUCAUGAGUUCUGGAGAGUGGUGUUCAGUUCCAGCGUAGUGGAUCUCUAGUCCCUUUAGAUGGGCCGUGUCCUCUAACCUCACUGCACAGACCCUGUAGACAUCUCACUUUUUAACUCCAUACUCUAUUUAACGCUAGGAUGCUGAUAUAUGAUCAAAUAUGUGUGUAUGCAUACAGAUGUGUAUGUGUGUGUGUGUGUGUUUGAGUAACAGAAACAUUUCAGAUGAGUGCAUGCGUGGGUGUAUGGGUUUAUGAGUAAAAUAAGUAUUUCAGAUGUGUGUGUGUGUGAGAGCAACCGAAGCAUUUCAUUGACUAUUCUACAUCUCAAUAUGCACUGUACGUUUAGUAGAUUGUAGUGUGUGAGAGUGAUAUCAGAUUUUACAGUGUCUCUGUGUGUGUGUGUGUGUGUGUGUGUGUGUUUUGUGAGUUUAGCCAUUUUGAAUGGUUCCUCAUAACUCUGUGCCUUAGAUGGCCUAGUGCCUUUGUCCACACAGUGCCUGGGAAUGGUCGGUAGCCUCAGCCAUUGCAGCUCAUCAGCUGCAGCAACGUCGGCCAUUUUGGCUCAGCUAAUGCACACAAGUUUCCACACGGGCUUCCCUGAGCACAACCCCAAAUCGGACCGACCGACCGCACAGCUUUUACAUUCACAGUUCUAAGCUGCUGACUUCCUCUAUGAACUCCACCAGCUGGACCUGUGAAACUAGAAGGACAACACACACCCUCUGCUAAAAUAUAGGGACAACACACACCCUCUGCUAAACUAGAGGGACAACACAAAAGCAAUGAUAAACCAGAGACAGUAUUUAUCUAAAUACUACACUCCCCCUCUGCUAAACCAGAGAAUUAAUGCCACCACUGCUAAAUUAGAGAGAGUCUACUUAUCUACAAAACUAGUGAAACUCCACAAUCUCUACUAAACUAGAGAAACUCCACAAUCUCUACUAGAGAAACUCCACAAUCUCUACCAAACUACAGAAACUCCACAAUCUCUACUAAACCAGAGAAACUCCACAACAUCUGUACUAAACCAGAGAAACUCCACAAUCUCUACUAAACUAGAGAAACUACAACAUCUCUACUAGACUAGAGAAACUCCAUAAUCUCUACUAAACUAGAGAAACUCCACUACAUCUGUACUAAACUAGAGAAACUCCACAACAUCUGUACUAAACUAGAGAAACUACACAAAAUCUCUACUAGACUAGAGAAACUCCCCAAUCUCUACUUAACUAGAGAAACUCGCCAUCUCUACUAAACUACAGUAGUGAAACUCUACAAGACAACACUCAGGCUUCAUGGGUUGUCAGGAUAGCGGCCAUUCCAUGCUGUGUGAUGUCUUUGAACUUCUUGUCAAUUCUGUGUGUGUGUGUGUGUAAUGAUGUACAGUAUUACCUCUUGACAAGAGGACUUGGUAAUAUUCUUUAAAUUAGAAAGCCUGCUAGUAUUGCAACAGUAUGUUGUAUUAAGACGGUCUUGUGUGUGUGUGUGUGUGUGUGUGUGUGUGUGUGUGUGUGUGUGUGUGUGUGUGUGUGUGUGUGUGUGUGUGUGUAUGUGUGUAUGUGUGUAAUAACAGUGUAUAAGCACUGGUUGCGGGAAUGAGGUAACUGAGGCAGUAGCAAUGAUGACAUCACGCUGAAGCCUUGAAGUGUGUGUUAGUUAUUCCACUCAGCUGAUGUGAAGUGUGUUGGACAGGAGUUUGUGUGUGUGUGUGUGUGUGUGUGUGUGUGUGUGUGUGUGUGUGUGUGUGUGUUUGACUGUGUAGUAGCCGAGCUAUGUUGCUAGCACGUAGCUGCAACUAGACUUGGCCGAAAUGUUGAGUUGGUAAAACUGUUUGAAGUAAGUUUCAUCAUCCUGUUUCAAUCUGGUGUGUGUGUGUGUGUGUGUGUGUGUGUGUGUGUGUGUGUGUGUGUGUGUGUGUGUGUCCUGUGGUUCCCAUAGCACCAAGCACACAGGGAGAAGCAAACAUUUCAAACAUAUCUCUAUGCACUACUGGUGCUGACAACCAUGAACUAACACACUCCAAUACCCAUGUGGGAGUGUGAGAGAGAAAGAGUGUGUGUGUGUGUGUGUGUGUGUGUGUGUGUGAUGGGAGUGGGUUGGGUUAGCUUCAGUGGACUAGAUUUGGCCUGAAUCUUAUAAAUAAAUACUGAAGAUUGAUAAGCACACACACACACUCCUUUGCCCAGUUUGGGUCUGAUUCUGGUACCACUCCGGUCUCAAUCCAUCAUGUGUCCAGCUCAGAGACGACUGUCGUCUGCGUGUUUGUGUGUGUGUGUGUGUGUGUGUGUGUGUGAGUGAGAGAGAGGGGGGUGGGGAGGACAGGGCCGACGUCUCGGUGAGUUCACACAUCUAUUUCAAGCACCUUUUCAUUCCGCUGUUGUCAUGGAUACGGUUGCUGUGUCACAGGGCCUUCGGCAGGUCACUGUAUCACUCACAGAUAAUGUAGUCAACAGGCUAGGCUAGGCUAGGCUAGGCUAGUCAACUGAAUGUCACAGGAGGAAUUCUGAAGAUAAUAAUAAGUGUGUGUCUGAUGUUUUUUUCUGUAUGAGUGAAUAAACCAUUUGUAAAAACAAAA